CAUGCAUUGGUCUAUAUGCACAUAAUACAUGUAGCAUGCUAGGUGUUUUUCUUUUCAAGACAGACUUCGUAAAAUAAUGUGCGAGCAACUCCUUGCAAAACUUCUGUUUUUAGCUUAAUAUUUCUCUUCUCUAACAAAAAAUGACUCGGCAAGCUCGGAAACGACACCAUCGGGGAUACACACACAUCAAGAAAAAGUACAGAACAAAAAGGAAAACCAAGGACUUGGAUGAAAUUGACGAGGAUUUGAAACCCCGAAAUGCGGAAAGAUUGCUGCAUCAAAAAAUAGAUUUUGACAAGCCUGGAUCAGCACAACAUUACUGCCUUCAUUGCGCGAGAUACUUCAUUGAUGGGUCUGCAAUGAAGGAACAUUUUCGCAGCAAAACACAUAAACGGAGAUUGAAAGCACUUGAGUUGGAGCCCUACACACAGAAAGAAGCCGAAGCAGCUGCAGGGAUGGGUUCAUAUCAACCACCUAAGAAGAGAGUAAUGGUUACCCAACAGGCGACACAACAGGAUGUGAAUAUGGAUGAAGACAAGAGGGACCAAACAUGAUCCUUGGGGAACACCACUUCUGGAAAUCAGCCAAAUGAACAAUGAUCCCUCUAU